AUGAGCACGAACCAGGACUCAGACACACAGUUUAUCAGCCAGUUCCAGAACUGGAGAACCAAUCGCUCCAGAACGGCCACUCCAGCAAAUACCGGCAACGAAAGUUUCCAGGAUAGGGCAAGAGGCUUCUUUUCUUCCUUGGAAGACAGUCUCUCGCAAGGUUAUGAUGAAUUAUACACCAGAUUGCCUAUGGUGAACCAGGAUCUCGAGUCGCAGCCUGAACCUUCGUGGUUCAAGCUUUCGCGUGUGGAAAGACUCAUAAGCUUUUUCUGUCUGUUGCUGGGCUCAGUCGCAUGUUUCACGUUGGGGAUAUUUUUAUUCCCGGUUCUCUCGUUGAAACCUAGAAAAUUCGCGCUGUUGUGGACUCUCGGGUCGGUGCUAUUCGUACUGUCGUUUGGUGCCUUGCAAGGGCCAAUGGACUACUGCAAGCAUCUAAUAUCAAGAGAGAGACUACCAUUUACUGUUGUUUAUUUCGGGAGCAUCAUCAGCACCUUGUAUUGUGCUUUGAUUUUGAAGUCCACAUUAUUAACUUUGCUGACGGGUUUUGUGGAGAUCUUUGCUGUGCUAUAUUAUACGUUGAGUUACUUUCCAUUUGGUGCUCAGGGGUUUAGUAUGGUGAUGUCGUUGGGGAUACGACAGUUCAGUUCUUUGUUGGGGAUGUGA